CCCUCCCCUCCAAAUUCUGGGGAACUCCCGUUACCGCGGUGCCACCGGCAUUACUCAUUCAUCUCCAUUCAGGCUUUCCCCAGCAUUUAUUAAGGGCUCUCUGCUCCUGCCUCUCACUCUCCCUCUCCGCUGCUCAAACACUGCUCACUCAAGAGCUCGCCUCGUCCCCUCGGGCCAGCUGUGGGAAGCGGCAAAAGAAAGAACUUUGUCUCCAGCAAUGCAUCUCCCUGCGAUUCUGUUUUGUGCUCUCUGGUGUGCGGUGUCUGCCGAGACCUCGGAUGAUUAUGAGCUCAUGUAUGUGAAUUUGGACAACGAAAUAGACAAUGGACUCCAUCCCACUGAGGACCCCACGCCGUGUGACUGCCGUCGGGAGCACACCGAGUGGGACAAGCUCUUCAUCAUGCUGGAGGACUCGCAGAUGAGGGAGGGCAUGCUGCUGCAGGCCACCGACGACGUCCUCCGGGGCGAGCUGCAGAGGCUGCGGGCGGAGCUGGGCCGCCUGGCGGGCAGCCUGGCGAGGCCGUGCGCGCCGCCGGCCCCCGCGGAGGCCCGGCUGGCCCGGGCGCUGGACGAGCUGCUGCAGGCGAGCCGCGACGCUGGCCGCAGGCUGGCGCGCCUGGAGAGCGCGGAGACGCCGCGCCCGGAGGAGGCGGGGCGCGCUCUGGGCGCGGUGCUCGAGGAGCUGCGGCGGACCCGAGCCGACCUCCGCGCGGUGCAGGGCUGGGCGGCCGGGCGCUGGCUGCCGGCAGGUUGUGAAACAGCACUUUUAUUCCCAAUGCGUUCCAAGAAGAUUUUUGGAAGCGUGCAUCCAGCGACACCAAUGAAGCUUGAGUCUUUUAGUGCCUGCAUUUGGGUCAAAGCCACAGAUGUAUUAAACAAAACCAUCCUGUUUUCGUAUGGCACAAAGAGAAAUCCAUAUGAGAUCCAGCUGUACCUUGGCUAUCAGUCCAUAGUGUUUGUGGUGGGUGGAGAGGAGAACAAACUGAUUGCUAAUACUGUGAUUUCCCUGGGAAAGUGGACCCAUCUGUGCAGCACCUGGAAUUCAGAGAAGGGGCGCAUGUCCUUGUGGGUAAACGGUGAACUGGUGGCUACCACUGUUGAGAUGGCCAUAGGUCAUAUUGUUCCUGAGGGAGGGAUCCUGCAGAUUGGCCAAGAAAAGAACGGCUGCUGUGUAGGUGGUGGCUUUGAUGAAACACUAGCCUUUUCUGGAAGACUCACAGGCUUUAAUAUCUGGGAUCGCGUUCUCAGCAAUGAAGAGAUAAGAGAGACCGCAGGAGCCGAUUCUUGUCACAUCCGGGGAAAUGUUGUUGGGUGGGGAGUCACAGAAAUUCAGCCACAUGGAGGAGCUCAGUAUGUUUCAUAAGUGUUGUGAAACUCUACUUGAAGCCAAAGAAAGAAACUCACGUUUUCAACAUAUGCCAGUUGGGAAGGUCUAAAAACCUCAGUGCAUAUUAAGCACACUUGAGAUUAAUGAAGGGGAGAGUUGAGAUCAAUUUUUAUUCAUCUUGGCAAAAUACUGAAUAAACAGUUGAAGAAGACAAGACAUUGGAGAAUGCUUUUGGGGAUAUUGUUACUAGACUUUAUGCCAGGUGCUUUCAGAUUAAUGCCAUGUCUUUGUCAGAUAAACUCUCAAAUAAUUAAAACGGACUGUAUUGUUGAACAGAAGGACAAUUGUUUUACUUUCCUUUGCUUAAUUUUGUUUUGGCCAGAGAGGACUUUUACAUUGGAAGAAAAAUAAAAUAACAUAUUGCUGUCCAUUGUUCAUUGUUAUUGGUAUGUACCUUAUUAAAAAAUGAUGAUAAAACAUAUUUAUACUACAAUGUGACUUAACAAAUGCAAAUGUAGUUUAUGUGUUAUAACCGAAUGUCACUUUUUUGAGAAGAUAGUUAUAUAAGUUAUAUUGUAAAAUGGUUUUGUAUUAAUUUUAUUAAGACUAUUUUUGUAAAGCUGUACUGUAAAUAAAAUAUUUUAUAAAACUAUCCCGUAUCAUCUAACUAUAAAUUUAAAAGAUGUUUUGGAGCAAAUCCAAACUCGAAGUAGGAAACAGUUUUCAGAUACUAAUCUAUUGUGUGAAUGGUAAUAGCUAAUAUUGUUAGAAAUAAACUGUAGAGUUGCUUUAAGCUUUGGCUUCCUAUAAAUCAUAAGCAAAACAUCUGAUCUUGGCUAAGUCAAUUCAUCUCUCUGAGUUUUAGUUUUCUCCACUGAGAAAUCAAGGAAUUGAGGAAAAAUGAUCUCUAAGUCCCUUCCAAUUUGGCAAAUCUAUGACCAUAUACAACUUUCUGUCCUGUGUAACACAGCAACAAACAUAAAUUAGCAUAGUUCCCCAAAUGUAUGUGAUGAGGACUGUUACUGGGGAGAUCUAAGAAUCUGGAAAGGAAACGAUGACUCCUACCCUGCAAGCGUACCCCAUUCUCAUACUCAUGCAUGAAGGAGAGGACAAUCAAACUUCUUCACCCUGCAGAAGGUGAGGUAACUCUCUCCCACACUGAUGUUCUCCUCCUGUCGAGGUUAUGCAGGGCUAAUAGAAGACUACGGCAAAGCUGUUUCUGAGUGUCGGUAGCAAAUGUGGUAGGGCCACAGUGAUGAUAUGUCCACCUAAAGACAGGGCCUGAGCAACCACAGGUCUUCAUGGUUUGGGAGGUUUGGAGAAUAGGGCCAGGAGUAGUUAUCAAACCACAUUUUAUAACUAACUAGUUGAGUGUCCUUAGACAAGUCACUUAACUCUUCUGGGUUUUCUCAGUAAAAGAAGGGAAUUGGUCUCUCAUUGCCUUUAUCAAUAAAAUGCCAUGAAUCUAGGUAUGCUUGAGGAUAUUUGUGGUAUCAAUAUAGUUUCAUUCCACUUGUGAGACCCACAAAAUCAGGCUGAUGGAUCUCCAAAAAGGGUGUUCACAGUUGAGGUCAAAGGCCAGUCUCAGAACCUUGGAGGUUACAUGAUUCAAGGUUGUAGGCACACUGGCCAUACAUUAAGUCCUUGUUUAGCCAUUAUCUAUAUGACUUGAAAACUUAACUGGAAGAAAAAAAACACUAGAUCCAACCACAAGCAGAGAAUUAGGCAUGCCUUCAAUUUCCACAUCCCAGAUGCAAGAAUUAGAUCUGCCCAAAAUACAUGCAAACUCGUAUUCUGACAGAGUUAAGCAUAAGGGCAUUUUUAAUUUUUUUAUGGGGAUCACACGUUGAGGGUAAAGAAGAAGCAAACAGAAGAAAAAUAAGGAAUUCUUGGGUUACAAAAGUAGAAAUCUCAUCUGCUACGGCAGUAAAUCCAGAUAAGCGGUUCAAGGGAUUUCUGAUUGUUCCCUAAUACUUAUUUUUUCCCUCUGUUCUAAAGUAACAACAUUCUGGUUUAAAUAGUGAGUAUGCCCACUCAUAGUAAGACUGUAUUUUCCAGCAUCAAUUGCAGCUAGGUGUGGCAAGGUGACUAAGUUCUGGCUGAUGUUGAAAUAUUGAAUGUGAAUCUCUUUCCCUUCCUCUUCCUCCCAACUGGAAUAUGGGAAUGAUGGCAGGAGUUUCAGCAACCAUCUUAGACUGUGAAAUUCGGAGCAAUUUGGGUCUCACAUGUUGUGAAGCUGCCUUGUCAGUCCUGGGCUGCCUAUCCCUGCACUUCUUUUGUAGGAGAGAAAACUACACUUCUGGCAUUUUAAAUCCACUAUUGUUUGACCAACCUAAUCUGAUCCAGUAGAACAAUUUUUGUUUUAAUUGAAAAGACCACACACACUUUAUUCCCUCAAAACACUCAUAGACUAUACUUAGAAAAUACAUUUUAUAAAUUCUCAGGAAGUUGGCUAUUUGACUGUUUUUUUUUUCUAAGAGUAUUUAAUGAGUUUCAGAAUACAUAGUGUCAUCAAAAGGAAGAAGUAAAAAAUGUGUAAAACUGACAUAAAAUUUCUAAAAAGAAAUAUCAGUAUGCUGGUGUAGUUUGGCACAUUGGCAAAGAGUUUCAUUCGCCAGAAUGGUUAUUAAGGGCAUCGCUGUAUCAUGGUGUUGUAAAAUGUGCAAGAUGACUCAAGUUUUUAGGAGGAAAAAAUAUAAUACGUUAUAUAUAUAAAAUAUAAAAUAUCGUGUGUACGUGUACUAGAGUGACCAAUUGCCCUGGUUUGCCUAGAAUUGUCCCCCCUUUAGCACUGAGAGUCAGCCCUGUGUCUCAGAAAACCCUUCAGUUCUAGACAAAUUGUGACAGUUUGUCACUUUGUCACUCUAGUACAUAUGUAUGUAUGUCACUAGAGCAAUAUUUUUGCAUAUGAAUAUGUGAACAAAACAGUUGAUAUACUUUCCUUGUCUAUUACAAUAUAAAUUGGCUUUUUGUGAAAUGUUAAUUCCUUUAAAAUAUAUUCAGAACAUUUUACUACUAAGUAUACAUUUUAGAGUUUGGUACUUGCCAUUAGUUAAUUAACUUCACUUUAACAAUUACAUUUGCAAACAAAGAAGAAAUUUUAACUGAUGUUUAGUUUUUUUAAUUAAAUGUUAUGUUAGAAAGCUUUUCGUUGAGAAGCUUACUGAGGUCAAAUGUUUCCAGAACUGUCUUUUAGCCCCUUAAUAAAUAGCACUCAUAAAGUUAAAAAUCUUGGUCAAAGUAAUGAUAUACCUUUACAUCUAUAUUCAUGGAUUUCAGUGAACUAGAAAAUAGAUUACUGACACUUGCAUUCAGUUUCAUAAAUUUGGACUGUGAAAGAAAGCAUGCUGGUCUUGGGCUCAGAAAUCCAGCAUUCUAAUCUUAGAACACCAUCACCUACCAACUAGAAGUCAGACCUGCCAAGUAAUCUUGAUGAGUUUCACAGUAGCCAAGACAUUAGAGAUAAAGGACUUGCCUACCUUGCUGCAGGGUUAUUAUGAAAAUAAGAGAAAAACUGAUAAUGUAUCUAAAAGUACUUCCUAAACUAAUAUUUGAAAUAAAAGUUGUCUUUAAGUUUUUCCAUGUUGUUACCAGUGGAUUAAAUCAAAAAGAAGCAAACACGUGAAAAUACAUAUGAAGAAGCUAACAUAAAGAUUCCCUUAUAUUGCGGAGAAGUCAUUCUCAGAGGCCAGCCCAGGGAUGUUCCUCUCUGUGCAGGCCUUAUUUGACUUCACAGCAACAUCUGCUGGUGGAGUCAAGCAGGUGCAAACUCUGGAGUGCAACUGCUCCCAGACUUAGUUAACAAUUCAGAAGAGGGCCUUUUCUGUUUCAAGAGGUGUCUCUAUUUCUUGAUCCACAUUUGGGUUGGCUUUUUUGAACAUCAUUUUUAAUAUUUCCCUAUGUGUAUUCAUAUUCGGUUGGAAUAUUCUUAAUAAGAUUGCUUCAUAGCCUGUUUCCUAGAAAUUGGAUUAAUAAAUUCUUUCUCAACAACCUGUAA